AUGUCCUCCAGACGUCUUGGGUCAGACGCGUCGCGUCAAAGCCGGCCAAGUUCCCGAGCAGCCAACGUCGCCCGGCCGCUCUCGUCAGACAACCGCCUGAAUAACGAUGGCGGCUUCACGGCUGGUUCCACUCCGGCCAGAAAGCGCAAGCAUGAUGCCUAUGCCAUGGAAGACCUGCUCAAGCCCUCAAUUGUGGUCAAGGCAUAUCCUACUAAGCUGUCCAUAAAGCCACGCAGCCUCCAACCCCUAAUGCUGCUGCCUCGGGAACGACUGGGUCUCUCAUGCCUGGAUCUUGCCGCGCCCUCGGGCGAGUUCGAGUAUGCUCAGUUCUAUGAAUCAACCAUCAGGAUCCUCGACUUGGAGAGUCGCAUGGGAACCCGGCCCAUUGUGCUCAUCGCAAGGCUGGAAUCCAACAGGACGUCCUAUGUUUUGGAGCGCCAAGACAGUGGCCUUUACACCCUAUGCAAAUUAGGAAAUUGGGUCGACCUGGAGAAGCUCAGUAGCCACGCAACCGUCGCCUACACGAAACUCAUCAGACCGCGCAGUAAUCCAGCACACGCCUCUAUGCCAGAAGCCACGACAACGCCUGAACUUCACAAGGAGAACAAGAAGCGGCGCCUUGCUAUUGAAGCUAUCCAGUCGUUAGUCAAGAGACCAGCGAGAUCACUAUCCAUCUCUCUGCCUUCUCAAGCGCCGGAAGCUGCACAGGUUCCAACAGCUGUCGAGCAAGAUGCUGCAUCCCAGACCCUUGGCCCACCGAGCGGUCUCUCACCAGCGGAAAAGAACCCCGACCUAGAGGCUAUGGCCGCGACGCAACUCACCAAGGAUCCUGUACCCGAACAGCCAUCAUCGCAGCACACGGCUGAUGAUAUCUUUGACAAUGUUCGCAGUCACUAUUUCGAAGCAUUGUACCAUUCCAUGAUCGACAAGAAGUACCGCGAGACCGUACCUGACAUCAUCGCAAAAUUCAAAACUCACAUAGCAGAGUCAGCAGACGAGCAAGGCCCUAAGGCCAAGAAAAGAAAGUCGAAAAAGAUGAAGUUGGGAAAGGAUUCUCUGUAUCCAGCCGAGGACCAGCACGUUCGAAGAUGGUGGGAUGUUCGUAAACCACAAGCAAAAGACGACGACUCGAUGGCUGCCGAGGCGCCACAGGACACCAAGCUCCAGGUCUCAUGUCUCCGAUCGCGGGAAACCCAGCUGCAAAUCAUCCUCAUUCUUGAAAUAUUGGCAUUGGAGCCACUGAGAUCUGCUGCCAACGCCAACGAAUCGCAAUUACCUGGCUUGCCUGCAGACGAACCUGCCACAGAGGCAUCCAAAGAAACGACGUCAAAGAAGCGGAACAAGCAUAACUACCCAGUUCUUCUCGAUGUGCAUGCCGAUCGACUCAGUAUCUGGCAGUCGACCUCUUUGGAUGAUAUCAAAAUGCUAGAAGACUCGCAAGCUGGGCAGAGUAAUACGGCGCAGAAGUCCAACGGUACAGAUUCCGACCCCUUGAAAGACUUCUGUAUCGAGAUUAUCGUUCCAUUCUUUUCAUCUCGACUACCCCAACAGUGCGAUUCCCUCACUCGCAAAUUAGGAGGGCCAGUGAUGCCUUCCCCUCCAAAACCCAAGCCCAGGAAGACCGAAGCCCCUACCAAACCGAGAGCUAAGCCAGGCAUGAUCACUAAACGCGCAACUGCACCCAAGCCAGGACGAACCCUAGACCGUGUCUUGUCCAAAGAAACGGAGCAGCACCGGCGCAGCAUGUCUCGUGGACCUAGUAGCGUGAUUGCGUUAAUGAGAUCUGCGUCAACGCCUAUUCCGAUGUUGAAGCGAGAGCCGAGCGAUGUUGUCUCAUUGACAGCUGCGCCAAGAAGGGAUUCAAAGGACGCCACUAGCGCAAGAGACAAGUCUUCAGGCUCGUCCAGCGCGGUGGGCAAGCGCGUUACUCAGGAGGAUAAAGCUAAGAGGGAUGCUGAGAUCAAGGCGGAGUUGCAAGAAGCCAUCAGCAGCUUGAGGAAACCGAACAGGGAGGUGGUCGGCAAAGCGAUGGCCGAGGCCGACGAGCGCAGAGCGACCACUAGUCUGUCCCAACUCAGGAAGUCGAAGAAGCCCACCGAGCACACUGGCUUCCAUAACGUCAUUAAAGCCACUCCGGUCGGCCCACGCUUCCGGAACGCGCUGGCUCGGGAUGCUUACAGCCAGCCCAACAUGGGCAUCAUACAUGAGUCGAUCGAGGGCGACCAUGUUCCAUCCUCAUCUUCCCAGAGACUGGUCCCGUCUUCUGCGCCAAGAAAGCGAAACAGAGACGGUGCAUUCUUGGUAGAGGAGUCAUCGCCUGCUCUGCCAACAAUGACUGCACCCGUAGACCUGGUCGGUGCAACGCCUGCCCGGCCGUCGUUCUUGAAGCGAGGCUUCCUCUCCGCCCCUGGGCCGGACGAAGGUCUGGUGCUUGCGUCUUCGCCGAUUGCAGAACGGAAGUUCCUGGCCCUACCUGGCAGCUCCUUGCGGCACCGGGACAGUGGGAUCGGGAUGCCGUCGUCACCCGACGGGGGCCUCGCCGAAACACCGGUCAAGAGACCACCCGUCGGAAGAAUGGGUUCGCUCGAGGGGUUUGUCACCGUCACCCCUGCUAAGAAGCGGGCGACGGAUAAUAUUGUGGCUGCUCCAGCGGAACAGGAGGUUACCAAGGGGAAGGACAACAACGCACGCAUGUCGAUAUUUGAGAGACUGGGUUGGGAUGAUGAUUUUGACGAUAUGGUCUAA